CUGACAUUUUUAUUAGCAAUAAUCUCUGCCUUCUUCUGAUUCUCUAGCGAUUUAAGACCACAUAAUCAUCCUCUACGUCACAGGGUUGAGGGAGUGGGGGAGGAAAUGGGCUAAGAGGUUCUAAAUCCCUCCUAACACUUGCUUCUUCCCAGUCAGCAAGAUUAGAGCAGUCAACAGCGGACUGUGUUCAGACCCCGCAGACUGGGUUGGCCUGCCCAGGGCCUGAGGAGAGGCAGCUCUGGUAGCAAUGCCUGGGCCCCUAGAUGUGCCGGUCCAGGCUGGCCUAAGACAGUGCAGGCCACCUGAUCCAUCCUCCUAGAGGAGCAGGUUAGGGAUCCUACAACAGCUAGGAGGAAAAAGCAAGGCAUCUACGUCCCACAGCCAUGCUGAAACAGGGUGAGAGGAGACGGUCCUGGAGCUACAAGCCCUGGAAGACGACGGAGAAUGAGGGCAGCCAACACCGCAAGAGCAUUUGCUCCCUGGGGGGCCGUUCCGGCUCCCAGGCCAGUAUCCAAGGAUGGACCGAGGGCAACUACAACUACUACAUCGAGGAGGACGAGGAUGGGGAGGAGGAGGACCAGUGGAAAGACGAACCGGCAGAGGAGGACCAGCGUGCAGAGGUGGUCACCACCGCCAAGCCUGAAGGUCCCAGUAACCCUCCGGCCGUGUUGUCCACGCUGAAUGUGAACGUGGGCGGCCACAGCUACCAGCUGGACUACUGCGAGCUGGCCAGCUUCCCCAACACGCGCCUAGGUCGCCUGGUCACCUCCACCAGCCGCAGCCGCCAGCUAAGCCUGUGCGACGACUAUGAGGAGCAGACAGACGAAUACUUCUUCGACCGCGACCCGGCCGUCUUCCAGCUGGUCUACAAUUUCUACUUGUCCGGGGUGCUGCUGGUGCUGGACGAGCUGUGUCCACGCUGCUUCCUGGAGGAGCUAGGCUACUGGGGCGUGCGGCUCAAGUACACGCCGCGCUGCUGCCGCAUCUGCUUCGAGGAGCGGCGCGACGAGCUCAGCGAGCAGCUCAAGAUCCAGCGCGAGCUGCGCGCCCAGGCGCAGUUGGAAGAGGCAGAGGAGCUCUUCCGCGACAUGCGCUUUUAUGGGCCGCUGCGGCGCCGCCUCUGGAACCUCUUGGAGAAGCCGUUCUCCUCGGUGGCCGCCAAGGCCAUUGGGGUGGCCUCCAGCAUCUUCGUGCUCGUCUCUGUGGUGGCGCUGGCGCUCAACACCGUGGAGGAGAUUCAGCAGCACUCCGAGCAGGACGAAGGCGGCCCAGACAUGCGGUCCAUCCUGGAGCACGUGGAGAUGCUCUGCAUCGGCUUCUUUACGCUCGAGUACCUGCUGCGUCUUGCCUCCACGCCUGACCUGAGGCGCUUCGUGCGCAGCGCCCUCAACUUGGUGGACCUGGUGGCCAUCCUGCCGCUCUACCUGCAGCUGCUGCUUGAGUGCUUCACGGGCGAGGACCACCAGCGCGGCCAGACAGUGGGCAGCGUGGGUAAGGUGGGCCAGGUGCUGCGCAUCAUGCGCCUCAUGCGCAUCUUCCGCAUCCUCAAGCUGGCACGCCACUCCACCGGACUGCGUGCCUUCGGCUUCACACUACGCCAGUGCUACCAGCAGGUGGGCUGCCUGCUGCUCUUCAUCACCAUGGGCAUCCUCACCUUCGCCGCAGCUGUCUACUCCGUGGAGUACGAUGUGCCUGGCACCAACUUCACCACCAUCCCCCACUCCUGGUGGUGGGCCGCGGUGAGCAUCUCCACCGUGGGCUACGGAGACAUGUGCCCAGAGACCCACCUGGGCAGGUUUUUUGCCUUCCUCUGCAUUGCUUUCGGGAUCAUUCUCAACGGAAUGCCCAUUUCCAUCCUCUACAACAAGUUUUCUGAUUACUACAGCAAGCUGAAGGCUUAUGAGUAUACUGCCAUGUGCAGGGAGAGGGGAGAGGUGAACUUCAUGCAGAGAGCCAGAAAGAAGAUAGCUGAGUGUUUGGUUGGAAGCAACCCACAGCCCAACCCAAGCCAAGAGAAUUAAUAUUUUAGAGGAUAUGUGGCUGGUAGAUUCCAUGAACUUCAAAGCUCCAUUGCUUUUUUUUAAUCGUUAUGAUUGGCAACAAAAGGAAAUGUGAAGCAGACAUAUACAAAGGACAUUCAGUUCACAAAUUUCUUCUUCUAGAAAUGCUCAUUUUGGCCCAAACUCAGAAUGCUCUUUUACUGUGUUGUGUGAAACAUAUGACCUUCUUAAGGACAUGCCUAUUGAAAACUUGAGCAGAGCAACAGCUUAGGUUUCUCUUGUAGCUUCUUUUGGCAUCUAGCUCAAUAAAUACUUUUUGACUUGA